CCGGCCCCGGCUCCCGGCGCCCCGCUCCCCGCGCCCCGCCGCCGCCGAGCGAAGCGGGCUGGGCUUGGAGCUGCUUAUGGAGAAAGUGCCGGGCGAGAUGGAGAUUGAGCGCAGGGAGCGGAACGAGGAGCUGUCCGAGGCGGAGAGGAAGGCGGUGCAGGCUACGUGGGCCCGGGUCUAUGCCAACUGCGAGGACGUGGGGGUGGCCAUCCUGGUCAGGUUCUUUGUGAACUUCCCUUCAGCCAAGCAGUACUUCAGCCAGUUCAAGCACAUGGAGGAGCCCCUGGAAAUGGAGCGGAGCCCCCAGCUGCGGAAGCAUGCCUGCCGGGUCAUGGGGGCCCUCAACACUGUCGUGGAGAACCUGCAUGACCCCGACAAGGUGUCAUCGGUGCUUGCCCUCGUGGGCAAAGCCCACGCCCUCAAGCACAAGGUGGAGCCCGUGUACUUCAAGAUCCUUUCUGGGGUCAUUCUGGAAGUGAUCGCCGAAGAAUUUGCCAAUGACUUCCCACCUGAGACGCAGAGAGCCUGGGCCAAAGUGCGAGCCCUCAUCUACAGCCAUGUGACUGCUGCCUACAAGGAAGUGGGCUGGGUACAGCAGGUCCCCAACGCCACCACCCCUCCAGCCACGCUGCCCUCUUCGGGGCCAUAGGACCCUUCCCUCCUCCCCCACCCCCUGGCAGCACUUUGAGCAGAAGGCCAAGUUCUGAAGACCCUCCUUGACCCUCCAUUUCUGGGUGCCAAGGAAGCUGGAGGAAC